CGCAAAAUUGUCUGUGUUGGAAAUUAAACGUCUGAACUUCCCAAAAUGGGGUCAUCAGAUUUUUGGCACAUUUUUGCUCUUCGUGGGAAUAUUUGGAUUUUUUGAAAACAUUAUGGUUUUAUUUACUUUUUAUAAGAGUAAACAACUACGGUCGCCAACGAAUAUAUUUAUAAUUGGAUUAGCCAUUAGUGAUCUUUCCAUGGCAGCUCUAGGAAACCCAUUGGCAACGACGUCGGGACUAAACGGAUCGUGGUUUGCCGGCAGAUUUUUCUGUUACUGGGAAGGCUUUGUAGUGUAUACGUUUGGACUCACUGAGAUGUACUUGUUAACAGCCAUUAGUAUGGACAGAUAUGUAGUCAUUGCCAAGCCGUUGAAAUCCGCCAUGAUUACAAAAAGAGUUGCCGUUCUUGGCGUGGUGGCUUGCUUUGCAUUUGGAGUGCUUUGGUCUAUAUUUCCGUUUUUCGGCUGGAGCUCUUACGGUCUAGAGGCUGCAGGAAUUUACUGUGGUCUUCUAUGGGAGGACAAAAGUUUAAGCACUACAUCUUAUGUUGUGACAAUAUCAAUCUUUUGUUUCUUCCUGCCCUUUGGUACUAUGAUAUAUUGCUACUACCAAAUAUACAUGACGAUUCGUAAUGUAAACAAAAAUACGGUAUGGGACAUGAAAAGCCGUGUGGCCCGGAGAAACCUUAAAAUAGAGAGGAAAAUGCUUAAAAGUUGCUUCCUAAUGUGCGGUGUUUAUUGGGUAUGUUGGUCUCCGUACGCGGUCAUGUCAUUUUGGCAAUCGUUUGGUGAUCCGGACACCAUACCACUGGUGCUGACCGAAAUUCCCGCCGCUGCCGCCAAAUCCCAGGUCGUAUGGAACCCAAUUAUCUAUGUGGCGACGAACAAACAGUUCCGCAAGGCGUUCUAUGCCAGUCUGCCAUGUGUGGAAUGGAGAGAAAAGCUUAUCAAAAGAGAGGAUGUACGAGAACCUUCCUCAAAGGAGUCAGACUUUGAUGAUAAAACUGCCAAAAAUGAUGGUUCUCAAACGCAGGCCAACGCAACGAGUUUGCCAACUGCCGUACCGAAAGCCCCUGGUGUAUCACAAACCAAAGAUUGUGCCACGACUAGUCACAUGGACGAACUUGCAACUGUAAGUUCUGCUGUUCCAUCAUUCAACAUGGGAUCAUUGAACAAAGUAGCACCAGCACCUGACACAGUCGCUACCUUAACAACCACUCAGAUUGUAGCAUCGAAAACUGGACCAACUGAGGUAGAUUGCUAAUGAAGGCAAAUCGUUUAGAUACAAUAAGACAUCGUCUGGAAAAUGUAGUUUGAUUAGAUUAAUGAGCAAAGUAAAUUACAGGACGUUUUUUUAACGUUCAGUUAAGAAUAACUAGGCUAAGUGAUCAUGUGGAGCUAUAUUACUGUAACUAACGUAAUCUAUAUCCUAGCCUUAUUGAUUAAAGUGGUGAAUAACUUGUUAGCUGAGAUUAUAAUCUAACUUGCUUCUAAUAAUUUACAAUAUUAACCUGAAUGCAUAAGAAUGUGUCUGCAAGGCAGUGUAAGUGAUGGAUAACGAGAACGUUAUAGCUUUUGUUGUCAUUUUGUGCUAUUUUAUCUUCUCACGCUGAUAUUAAAUUGUGCGUAUCUGUGUCGCGGA